AUGGGAAGCAAUCGUGGAGAACUCGGUCGAGGAUUAAGCACACCGUUUCGCAGUACAAUGUAUGAUUGCUUAAUAUGGCAAAUACGAACUCCUUUUCUGCAAAAAGAUUUUUUAAAGGAUAAUAAAGUGACCUUAGCGGGUUUACCUGUUAUGGAAAAAAUGGGACAUUUGGUGGAAAUAAAUCUUGCCUCCAACAAAAUUAAUUCUUUAGCGAUGCUGGGAGGGCUAUCCAGCUUAUGUAAUUUGAAGUCUUUGGUUCUCAGCGAUAACAAAAUCGAGAGCCUUCAAGACGCAGAAAGACACCUGCCGUCUAAGUUAAGGCAUCUGGACCUUUCUGACAAUAUGGUGGCUGAGCUGUCUGAGGUUUUUGGACUGGCGUUUCUGAGAGAAUUGGAAAGUUUAGUUUGGAAGGGUAAUCCAUGUGUUAGUAACGGCCGAGAGUUCGAUUACAGACCAUUUGUGUCUUGUUGUUGUGCGCAGUCAUUAAAUUCGCUUGAUGGGAAAGAAAUAUCAGAAAUAGAGAUCCUGAAAGGCAAGUGCGAAUUGUUAUUAACAAAAGGAAAGCUGCGAAAAUGUCAGGACCAUAAGACGUUAUGUGAAUACCUGAGUGAAGAAUGCCCGCGGAACUCUUCUGAAUUCGCCGGCGAUGCUGACUUCAAGAAGCGAGUGAUGAAAGUUCUUACUAAAAGACGAGAAUAUUUAAACUUUGUGAACCAGAAUGCCCAUCUUGAGCCUUCAUCUUUCUGCUCGCUACCACCAUCACCUUAUGCGCAAUGGGCCGAAAACGACCCGAAUCACACUUCGGUUUCAGAGAACUGUGCAAGUGAAAAAGCCGUUGCGGAAAAGGAGAACUCUUUUUUUGACAUAGAGUCGGGGUAG